AUGAAGGUACCUCGACUCCUAAUGCGGAAUUUACAACUGAAUCCAGAAGAGCCGCCAAUUAAGCAGUUGCUGCUGCAGCAACCAGAACCCGAGCAGCCCACGCCACCGCAGCAAGUCCAGUUCAGAAAACCAGAGACAAAAGAAAAGCCACGUACACCAACUCCACAAGCUUCGCCUAAAUGCUUGGAAACGGACAUCGAUUUUACUGCACAUGCGCAGUUGCUGGCUGUAUUUCAUUUACCUCUUACUUCUAUACUUUAUUACAAUUUAUAA